AUGGCGUGGGUAAUCGAUCGGCAAUCGCUCGUCGUGGGACUCAUUUCCGGAGCUGCAGUGACAUUACUGCUGAAACUUUGGUUGGAUCGCAAGGAAAAAGAGCCCAACUUUGUCGACGGUGUCGAUGGACUUAUUGGCAAUACGCCGCUUAUGCGGAUCCGAAGUCUUUCCGAAGCAACCGGUUGUACCGUAUUGUUUCUCAACCCGGGCGGCAGUGCGAAAGACCGAGUUGCAUUAAACAUCAUCCGCUCGGCUGAAGAGGCUGGUAUUUUGACGCCACACAAGGGCAGCACGGUUUUCGAAGGCACAGUAGGCUCUACGGGCAUCUCUAUCGCCAUGAUCGCACGCGCGAAAGGCUACAAGGCAUGGAUUGUCAUGCCCGACGACCAAGCACAAGAAAAAUACCAAUUUUUGGAAAAACUAGGCGCAACUGUCGAGAAAGUUCGACCCGUCAGCAUUAUUGACAAGAAACAGUUUGUCAACUUGGCCAAAACGCGUGCUGAAGAGUUCGGUGAAGGUGAAGCGCGCGGUUAUUUUGCCAAUCAAUUUGAAAAUGACGCAAAUUAUCAGGUGCAUUACCAGACGACCGCACCAGAAAUUUAUCGCCAGAUCGGUACUAAAUUGGACGCAUUGGUAUUGGGUGCUGGCACCGGUGGCACGCUUUCUGGGUUGGCACUGUAUCUCAAGCCUCGAAUUAAAGAACUCAAGGUUUUCUUGGCCGACCCUUUGGGCUCGGGCUUGUUCAACAAGGUUAAAUAUAAUGUCAUGUAUGCGCCAACAGAACGAGAAGGGACGCGUAAGCGACAUCAGGUGGAUACCGUGGUUGAAGGCAUCGGUAUCAACCGGCUUACCAAUAACUUUAAUAUGGGCCGACAUUUAGUGGAUGACGCUUUCCGAGUGACCGAUGAGGAGGCAGUCAAAAUGGCUCGUUUCUUGGUGCGUGAGGAUGGAUUGUUUCUGGGAAGCAGUUCAGCGGUAAAUUGUGUUGCUGCUUUUCGUGCAGCGAAACAGCUGGGCCCCGGUCAUGUCAUUGUGACCCUGUUGAAUGAUUCAGGUCAACGCCAUUUGACAAAAUUCUGGAGUGACGAGUAUCUAGAAGCUGCUGGCAUCCCAUACAAUUUGCAAGGUUCAGAGGGACUUGAUGACUUUAUUGCAUAA